AUGGCUUUUGCCGCCUACACGCCCAAGGCGCGGGUCCAGAAGCCGGCGCCGCCCUUCAGCGGCACUGCCGUCGUCGAUGGCACCUUCGAAGACCUCUCCCUCACGCAGUUCACGUCGACCAAGCAAUGGCUCGUCCUGGGCUUCGUGCCCAUGGCAUGGACCUUCGUGUGCCCGACUGAGAUCAUCGCCUUCAGCGAGCGCGCCGCCGACUUCGAGGCCCGCAACACAAAGGUCGUCUUCGCGUCCACCGACUCCGAGUACAGCCUGCUUGCGUGGACCAACGCGAGCAGGAGGGAUGGCGGCCUCGGCAAGAUCGACAUCCCGCUGCUGAGCGACAAGAACCACCAGCUCAGCAAGGACUACGGCGUGCUGAUUGAGGAGGAGGGCAUUGCGCUGCGGGGGCUGUUCGUCAUUGAUCCCAAUGGCAUUGUGCGACAGAUCACCAUCAACGACCUCCCCGUCGGCCGCUCCGUCGACGAAACCCUCCGCCUCAUCGACGCCUUCCAGUUCACCGACAAGUACGGCGAAGUCUGCCCCGCCAACUGGAACCCCGGCGACUCCACCAUCAAAGCCACCCCCGAGGGCAACAAGGAGUUCACCGCAAAGGCCUACGCAGACACCAAGAUGGCUGACACCAACGGUACGAAAUAG